AUGUCUGUAUCAUCCCCGACGCCGCCGCUCCUCCUCACGAAGCGCCUCACGGCGUUUCUGCACACCAACCUCAACGCCCAGGUCCACACUGCGCUGCUCACCACGCUGGCUGGCAAGCUCCUCGCGCACGCCUCCACCCUGCCUGUGAGCACCCUUCGCACGCAAUGUACCGUCGCCGCCUCGCUCUGGGCGACCUACGCGACGCCAGAGACUAGCAGCUCCAUCGCCGACGCACUCCCUGCGUCUCAACAAGCCGACCAUUCCCAGGGGAGCCGGGAUCCGACCCCGAGCGCGCUGACAUUGCAGAUGGCCGGGGCGCUGGUCGUCUUGCGCCAGCUCAAGUGCGGCCUGCUGUUCGUGUGCAUAGGGCCGACGCCGGAGGCCGCGGCCGCCUCGGUGUCGGGGGAAUACGCAGGCCAGCGGCAGCAACGGCACGGGCAGCACCUGCAAACACCACUGCACAGCGAGCACCCGACCCCGACGAUAGGCUCGCCCGCCGAGGUAGCCAGCGUGCACAGCGCCGCGCCGAGCACGACAACGCUGGGCAGUGUGGGCGCCACGGGGGUGGUACUGAUGCGCCGGCAUGCAGAAGAGCUGGCAAAGUGGUUGGACGACAAGCUUGGGACAUUGGGCGUGCCAGCCGAGGGUGCGACCUUUGAAUCUUGA